GGCACGCAUGCGCAAAAGAACGAGCCCGCUGACAGAUUUGCGGCGGCGGCAGCGGCGGCGGCGGCCCUGGCCCUGGACUGCGGGGAAUGGGAGUCCUAGGUCUCUGAGCGCCGCCUCCGCCUCCCUGCCCCCGACAUGGCUCAGGAGAAGAUGGAGCUAGACCUGGAGCUGCCUCCGGGUACUGGCGGGAGCCCGGCGGAGGGCGGCGGCACUAGCGCCGGCGGGGGCCUCAGGAGGUCUAACAGCGCCCCCCUGAUCCACGGCCUCAGUGACACUUCGCCGGUGUUCCAGGCCGAGGCGCCGAGCGCCAGGCGGAACAGCACAACGUUCCCGAACCGCCACGGCCUGCUGCUGCCGGCCUCCCCCGUCCGCAUGCACAGCAGCCGCUUGCACCAGAUCAAACAGGAGGAAGGCAUGGACUUGAUCAACCGCGAGACGGUCCACGAGCGCGAGGUGCAGAACGCAAUGCAGAUAAGCCACUCCUGGGAGGAAAGUUUCAGCCUGAGUGACAACGAUGUGGAGAAGUCCGCCUCCCCGAAGCGCAUCGAUUUCAUUCCGGUGUCACCAGCACCGUCACCCACCCGGGGGAUUGGGAAGCAGUGUUUCUCACCAUCCUUGCAAAGUUUUGUGAGUAGCAAUGGAUUGCCUCCGAGUCCUAUUCCCAGCCCAACGACUCGAUUUACUACCCGGAGAAGCCAGAGUCCCAUCAACUGCAUUAGACCAAGCGUUCUUGGACCAUUGAAAAGAAAAUGUGAAAUGGAAACUGAGUAUCAGCCAAAGAGAUUUUUCCAGGGCAUCACCAACAUGCUUUCUUCUGACGUUGCACAGCUGUCAGAUCCCGGUGUGUGUGUAUCUUCUGAUACCCUCGAUGGAAACAGUAGCAGUGCCGGAUCUUCUUGUAACUCACCAGCGAAAGUCAGCACUACCACCGACUCUCCUGUGUCGCCUGCCCAAGCGGCCUCUCCAUUUAUUCCAGUAGAUGAACUUUCAUCUAAGUGAUUCACCCACCCAUCUGAGACUCGGGGUGUGUUUUUUUUUUUUUUUUUUGCAAUGGAGAGAAAAAUCAAGUUGGAGCAAGCACUGAACUUUGUCAAUUAAUUUGAGGCUCUUUCCUAUCUGACCCUUUUCCUUUUUUUGGAAUUUCCUGAAAUGUUGUUAUUCUAGAGAACUUUUAUGUCAGGUUCCUGCGGGAUGCCCUUGAAUUCAGUGUAGUAAUAUUUUCAGACGUUUUCCCAAUAAGUGUGUUGAAGCAUACGUCUUUAUGCUGCUAAUAUGUUUAAAUACAUAUGUUAUCCCUUGAUUUUUUAAAAUAAUUGAGAGCUCUAUUUAUUUAUGGGAUUAUUAAGUUCUGAUGCAAAUAUAAAUGUUGAAUUAAUCAGCAUAGUAAACUGAUGUUUUAGAAUUCCAUAUUUCAUGCCCACACUAAUUUUUAAUAUUACUUUUCAGUGAGUGCUGAUUUCUAUUUGAAGAAUAACUUACGUAUUUACAGCAGUUUUUUAAAAAGAAUGUUAGUUAUAACACAUCAACCCAGUGGUUGUCUCUUUUACCCAGGAGUCCUUGCAUAUUUAAUUUUCUGGGUACAUAAGUGGCUGGGAGGGGGAAUGAUGAGCAAAAUAUAAAAGCUUGCAACAAGUCUUUUAAAAUUAUAUAAUAGUAAACAUUUAGGAAAAGCAUUUUCUAAUGAAAUUUUAAUGGAAAUUCUAAUUAGUCAUGCAAAUAUCGCUACAGAAAAGUUAAAAAAAAAUUUUUUUUUUUUUUUUUUAGACCAGAAAGUGCAUUCUCUCGGGUAUAAUCCUGAAGUGACACGGGCCAGUGCCUUGCAGUCUCAGCCCACUGUACAUAGGCUGAGACCAGGUUCUUUGUACCGCUGCAAACUUAAAAGUUUUUCAAACAUAGAAAAUGUGGGAAGCUCUGUUGGACUUCACCAGGGCCCCCAGGCAGAUAAAAGUCUCUCAUUGAUUGACACGCUUUAAAAUAUCCAAUUGUGCCUCAGUGAAAAUCCUCGCCACCAAGGAGCCAGAGCAACUUUUGGCCACCUUUCUGUCCUGCCCAUCUGUCACCUUCCGGGUUUUCCCUGGCUCAGGAGGGAAGCAGCUGUUUCCUUGCCAACAGGUCCUUCCCCCCCCCCCACCUCCCAACGAACUAGGGCAUCAUCGGUUAGACAGAGGUACAGUGUAACUUGGAUUUCUGACAGUGAGCAACCACAGAACUGUGGAGUCGUGUCAGGAACCUCUGUAGUUAAAGCUGUAGCUGGAGUCGACUGCCUUGGGAUUGCCGAUUGAUUCAGGGUCAGUGAUGUGCAAGAGAAAAAUCAGUGGAGGGUCACGUAGGUAAAUCAUUGCUUAACUUAGGUUUCGUUUAGGUAGAGUUCUGAAAUGUUCUUUUCCUUGCCUUGUUACAACUAAGACAAAAUACGGAAAUAUUUAAUAACAAACGUUUCUAUAUUAUACUUCCUAUAUCUUCCUUUACUGGAUAGAUAGAAAGAAUGGCAGCAAAAGGGGAAGGGAAAAAAAUAAAAGAGAGACCAAUACAAAAAGCUCCGACUUUCUUUAAGUUAACUGCUUACAGAGACUUUUAACGAUUGUGUGGAAUUUUUACAGCUAUGAGAAUAAAUGGAACUGGUCAACUUUU